AUGAAAUGUCCUAAAUGCGUUUGGCACGUUUACUACAAGAUCUGUCCUAUAUGCGAUCACCAGAUUCCCGAUGGGAGAAAUUACAUGAAAGAGGGCUUUCGUCGGUGUCACGAUUGGGGAGCAGUUACACACAAAAACGCGAAGACGUUGGAAACCAAUUUCCAGGGUCGUAACCAGGUAUAUGGGAUCAGGGAUCACAGUCCCGGGAUCGAGAUCAUAGACCCGGGAUCCUGGGUCACAAGUCAUGGGAUCAGGAUCAGCCAUUUUUUGUGUGUGACUUUGAGGGAUCAGGGAUCGAGCUUUUCAGAUACUUCAUUAUUAAUGAGAAACUAGAAUUCUUCGUUUUACAAGGAAAAAGACCUCCUUUCAGGCCUAUUGAAAAAGCUUAAACCUCGCUUUAUAAUAUUUUUGCGCUUCCGUCAUGCAAUCAGCAGUUUUAAAGCUUACCUUACUCGUAUUUCAUGGAAGACGUCCAGCGGUUUUACUGAAAACAAGGGUUUGGCUGGGGUGCUCAGUCUCGCAGGCUCAUAAAACCUGGUCAUAUAUUGCAUUCACUCGCGCAUUUGCGGUUUCCGCUGUGUCGGACUCUCGAAGAAGAGCAAGAUGGGCAAGUCAAGGAAAAGAAGUCGAGAACGACGGUAUGAAAAUCGAACUACUAUUUUCCAAUUUUUACCACACUCUUGCCAUAUUUUUCUGUUCAGAUCAUGGUUGUAAAAUGCUCUGCCCACAUUGAAGGGCACUAUUGUUUAUAUUUCCAGAUCACGUUCCUAUUCCUGGUCGCCAGCGAGAGAACGGAGAGAACGGUCACAGCGAUCAGCGAGCCGAACGCGAUCUUCAAGCCGGUCAGUUAAGUGUUCUACUAAUUCCUCUAUUCAGCUUGAUAAAUUAUUCGACAUUAGAUUCUCAUUGAAACACUGUAAUUUAUCACGCGAUUAUGGCUUCAAAAACCGUGACACGGUCUUCACUAUUGCAAUGUGCAACUGUGUCAGAAGGAGUAAAUAGAGUAAUAGAGAACAAUGCAUCAGAUACAUUGUCCUUGACAGAUCUUAAAGGACAUUUUUAUUUAUGAAGAUCUCGGAAAUCUCAGUCGAAAAGAUCUCGUUCGCCGAAUCGUCAUAAAGCUAAUUCGUUAUUUGUAAAUCUGAUACCCUGUGUUAUAUGAUGAGCUGAUCGGUGCAUGUAAAAGUCACGCGGGCGAGUACAUUACCACUUUGUCACUAAAGUGUCAGCAAGUAUAUCACUAAGUACUAUCGCAGAUAUCAAGCAAGCGAAUAAGAGAAAAUAUUGUGGGCAGUGGGAGAAAUAAAACGCUAAAUGCACAUCCUCGACCUUUAGAUCAGUGUUUAGAUACUGUUCAUCCUAGUAACCAAAGUAUUUUAAACGUGCUUUACUUCUGUCCAGUUUUUUCGAAGCCCUUGACCAUCACUUUUAUGCUAACAAUCUAUACCAUGCUGCAGGAAGGCCACAUUGACGAUAUGACAGCCAAAUGGCUAUCCCUAACGCCUAAUCCUCCGCGUAUCCCUAUUUUCUACACACUUACAAAGAUUCACAAACCGACGCCUGUCGGUAGACCUAUAAUAUCAGGGUGCGAUGGCCCCACGGAGCGAAUAUCUGCAUUUGUAGAUGGAAUCAUUCAGCCAAUAGCACAGAAACAAAACUCGUAUCUAAAAGAUACGACAGACUUCAUGAAUUUUAUUGAGAGCACAAAAUUGCCUAAAAAUACAGCCCUAGUGUCUAUGGACGUUACUAGUCUCUACACCAACAUACCACACAAAGAGGGCGUAACCACCGUAUGUCACGCAUACGAAGAUUUUUAUGGGGACAAAGCCCCUAUACCCACCAAGUACCUUAGAGAAAUGCUUUACCUUAUAUUAACAGAGAACUCGUUCCAAUUCUGCGGUAGCAACUACCUACAGACCCAUGGAACAGCUAUGGGAACAAAGAUGGCCGCUGCUUUUGCAAACGUCUUCAUGGCCAGAAUAGAAAGACAAAUACUGAGUCAGAGUUGCAUCAAACCGCUUUUUUGGAAAAGGUAUAUUGACGAUGUGUUUUCGCUAUGGAACACAAGUCUAGACAAAAUAGAGAAUUUUGUGAAAAAGGCAAAUAACUUUCUCUCUACGAUAAAAUUCACGGGCUGAGAUGUCAGAAACAGAGAUCACGUUCUUGGACACAAAAGUGUACAAAGGAGUAAGAUUCGAAAGGAAUCAAUCCUAGACGUGCAAACACAUUACAAACCAACAGAAACAUUCCAGUACACGAACUUCUACUCGUGUCACCCACCAGGCGUGAAGAAAGGCUUCAUCAAAGGGGAAGCGCUCAGGCUUCUAAGGACUAAAUUCUCGCAGAUCACAUUUGAGAGGAAUAGCAGAAAUUUUCACAACCGCCUGUUAGAAAGAGGCUCCCUGCCGCUAUUUUAAGAAAGUACCUCUCUGAGGUAAAAUUUGCCGAAAGGAAAACAGCCCUACAACAGAGAAACAAAUCCGCACGCAAAAAACUCGUACCUUUUCUUACAUAAUAUCACCCGGCUUUACCUAGCCUGAAGAAAAUACUUAUGGGAAAGUGACACCUUAUACAAAACCAGCAACGACUAAGAGAAAUCUUUAAAGAGCCUCCCCUAAUAUCUUAUCGCAAGGCCCGGGGGGGGGGGUACUCGGGAUUUCAAGUGACGGGGAUGAUCGAAGAAUUUUUUUGGGUUUGAAAUUUUCAUUGCGGGAUUUUUUUGGGUACGAAAAUUUGGCUUGGGUUGCUUGAUUUGAGUAGGGAUUUUUUGGGGGUAUUAAAAAGAAUCAGAUGAGGGAAAGGAUAUAUUCAGAUGGUAUGAAGAAUAAACAAACAUGAGUGUUCAAUUUCCAAUGUUUUUCUUUGUGUUUUAGUAUUACCCCUUUCUGGAAGUUUUAAGGGCCACAAAAUCGGCAUGGGAUUUUUGGGGGGGUUAAUUUUUGGUCCAGGGAUUUUUUUGGGUUUUGCUGGAAGCCCUAGGGAUUUUUUUGGGUCUUGACUUUUGGCUCCAUUCGAUCAUCCCGUCAUUUGAAAUCCCGAGUACCCCCCCUGGGUCGCAAGGGAAAAUCUCUUAAGGACCUACUAGUUAGAGGGAAGCUCUGAAGGUCAUACUAUACUUCCAAUACGAUUUAGUGCAGGAGUCGUGUGAUGCCCGUCGCUUAUUUUUAACCUUCUUCAUAACUGAAAAUUCGAUGGUAUAAGUUUCGUGCCUUAUAUAGAUUCUUUUGCCAUAUAUUUAGAUUCAGUCCUUUUAUUCAUUUCUUACGUGACGUUAACUUGAAGCCGUCGAAACGUAGAGAUUUAGUUUUUUAUUUAAUUGUCGUCUAUAUCUCGUCUACUUUUAUCGCAUUGUUUUAUAGAGACAUGUUUUCUAUUGCUCAUAGCAUCAUACGAGUUUUACAUUUCUCAACCAAGAAAGUUUUGAAAAAGUCAGGUAAUCAGGUAAUGUGUAAUGGACCGAGCAUUUUUCAGAAGCAAGCAGAGAAUUCAAAGAAUUCCUUAAUACAUCAUGGAAGACAAGAUGAGAACGUGAUUCAGAAUUAAUGAACAAAUAACCAUCUACUUAAGGUAAAUACGCCAAGUUGUUAUUAAUGAAUGAUAAUCGACGUCGGGGAAACAUAACUUGAUCACAUCUCUCUAUGGGAUCAUAAAAUUUACGUGGGAUCAGGGAUCAAAUUUUGCUACAUUUUGGGAUCAGGGAUCAAAAUUUCGAGCUAAAAAUUGGGAUCAGCGAUGAAAAAAUAUACCUGGUUACGACCCUGAAUUUCUAUUUCCCUUCUAAAGAGGAGAACGAAGAUGAAGAUUAA